AUGACACCCCUCAAACGACGUCGUCUCGACGCUACCUCCUCAACCCUCUCCAAACUCUUCAAGUCUCCCCUGCGCCGACCACCCGCGACCUCAGAAGCAGCAGCAGCAGCACACCACACGCCCACCAAACACGAAGACCACACGCCAUCAACAACCACACCACACGCCCGAUCCACCCUAGACACUACUAUCACCAUCCCACAUACAACAACGCCAGCAGCAACCUCCACCCCCACCCGAAUCUCAAAGAGAAAACACACACCUCUCCUCCCCGCAGACCCCACCCUCCUCCACCUCCAGAAACAGCAACGUCUACUCCAAGCCCGUCUCUCCUCCCUACGCUCCGAGCUGGACACCGCGCAACAGGCACUCCGACUGGAAUCCUCCACCCAAGACGCCGAACUCGAGGCUCUUGUCACGAAGUGGCGGAGUGUGGCGCAGAGUGCGGCGGAGGAGGUCUUCGAGGGGGCGAGAGAGCGUGUUGCGCGUAUGGGGGGGAUGAAGGCUUGGCGAGAGAGGAUGCGCGAGGAGCGGAUGGGAGGGUGGGGGGAGGAGAUGGAACAGGGACGGAGGGCAGGGGGAGAAGACGAUGAUGGGGAGGUGUCGGAGCGACACCGUGGGCGUGGGAUGGAGGAGAAAGAUAGUGGGACGAGAGAUGGGGAUGAUGGUGAAGAUGAAGAUGAAGAGGAGUUCACGAUGGAUGUCAUGCUGAAGACGCUGAAUGUGGAUUUGAGGAUGAUUGGGUUUGAUAAGGGUCAGCAAAGGUUUGUUACGGAUUGA